AUGAGUUAUGGAAGCAUAGCUCCAAGAACAUCUUUAGGAAAAGCAGUCACUAUGGGCUACGCAAUGCUGGGCAUUCCUCUAACGCUGCUCUAUCUCUCCAGCGUUGGUUCUAUUUUAAGCAGGGUAGCUCGAGGCGUAUUUUCCAGAGCAUUAUGCUGUUGCCUUUGUUCUAAUUGCGGCUAUUGUUGUUACGAUGAGAAGCGAAUGGCCGAAAAGGAAAGGCGAAUGAAAAAGAAGAGACAGCAGAUGGAGUUACAGCAACAGUUGGGACUUCAAGAACCGUUUUAUGUUCGAUCAAAUUCCAAUUAUAGUAACAAUCUCCACUCCCCUUGUCGAGAUGGUCCAGUCAAAGAACUGGAUAGUCUGAGCGGAACCGACAACGAGUCGAAAUCAUCCAUGCAUGGAUGGUCGAUUUUAGCACCCAUACUUUUGUGCCUCUGCAUGAUGUUUGUAUACAUAUGUUUAGGUACAUUCGCCCUGUACAAAUUAGAAGACUGGCCUCUCCUAGAUGGGUUCUACUUUUGUUUUAUGAGCCUAACGACGAUUGGUUUCGGGGACAUGGUGCCAGGAUCCAAUAUCUUAGAAUACGAAUCAAAUACCACUAUUUGGUUUUGUUCUAUCUACAUAAUGUCCGGGAUGGCGCUCACUGCCAUGUGUUUUAACGUCGUCCAUGACGAAAUUAUUCAUAGGCUAAAGCAUCAAGAGAAAGCACUUCCAAAAAUAAACUCAACAAGUUUCCCCGACGACCUCAACAUCACCAACGACCCCUUUAACAUGACAUCAUGA